GGCGGGGCCAUGGCGGAGCCGCGCUGCAGCUCGCAUGCGGGCGCCGCCGUCUACCGCUCCCGCGACCCCGUGCGCAACCUGCGCCUCCGGGUCCGCCUCCAGCGGGUCACGGCAGCCGGACCCCUCCUGCCGCAGGCGCCGCCGCUGCUCGCCGGCCCGCGCGGCUCCGAGCUCCUGGGCCUGACCGAGCGGGCCCGGCGGCCCUCGGGCGAGGAGGAAGAGGAGGCCGAGGUGGGGUGGCAGGAGAAGCUUUUCAGCCAGUUUGAGGUGGAUCUGUACCAAAAUGCAUCGGCCUGCCAGACUCCCCUGGACAGGCAGUACCACGAGGACAUCCUGAAACUGGAGAAGGCAGGAGGUCGGAAGAACUGUCGCAUCUUCACCUACACCGAUCAUGACCGGUUCACCAACCUGGAGGAGCACUGCCAGAAGGUAACUGACUCAGAUCACGAGGUGCCAUCAUAUCUGGCAGAGAGGAUGGCCAAUGUGAGGAGGAGAAGACAAGACCGUAAGCCAGUAGAAAGCAGUUCUCUGAAGUCAAAAAUCAUCACCUGGGAGCCCUCAGAAGAAUUUAUUAAAAACAAUCAUGUGAUCAACACUCCUGUCCAGACCAUGUACAUCAUGGGAGACUUGGGACCUUAUGGGAAGCUUGGUCACAGGGAGUAUGAACAUGUUCUUUGCACCAUCAAGGUGGACAGCAAUGGGGUGAUCACAGUGAAGCCUGAUUUUACUGGCUCCAGAGGACCCUACCGGGUUGAGCUGGACGGAGAGAAGCGAGAGGUGUGGCAAUACACCAUCGAGAAUGUGUCUGCCCGGGUGCGGCCAGAGGAGGAGGAGCGUGAGCAGCGGAUGUUCAGAGACCUCUAUGGUCGGCACAAGGAGUACCUCAGUGGUCUUGUAGGCUCAGAGUUUGAAAUGACUCCGCCUGGCACUCUGCGGCUCUUUGUGAAUGGAGAAAUUGUUUCAGCUCAAGGCUAUGAGUAUGACAACCUCUAUGUUCAUUUCUUUGUGGAGCUGCCCGACCAGUGGUCAAGCCCUGCGUUCCAGCAGCUCUCAGGUGUGACACAGACCUGUGCCACCAAGACUGUGGGCUGGGAGAAUGUGGCAUAUUUCUGCUACCUCUUCACUUUGGAGAUGUUUUUCACUCAAGGAGAUGAAUCAGAAGACAGUCUGCCUCAGUGGCCUGUGCUCUACUUUGAGGUCCUGUCCCUGGAUUCCUGGCAGAGAUAUCGUGUUGAAGGAUAUGGUUCUCUGGUGCUGCCAGCAUCUCCAGGUCUCCAUGUGCUCACCAUCCCUACCUGGCGCCCUGUGGAGCUGGGGACUGUCGCUGAGCUGAGGAGGUUCUUCAUUGGUGGAUCUCCUGAGCUGGAGGACCUAACCUAUGUCAGGAUACCAUCGACCUUCAAGGGACAGCGUCUGAGCCGCCUUGGUUUUCGCACGGAGGCGACAGGGAGCGUCACGUUCCGCCUGCACUGCCUGCAGCAGUCGAGAGCCUUUCUGGAAACCAGUGCCCUGAGGCAGCGCAUGCAGAGUGUACUGGACCGCAUUGGAGGCUUCAGCCAGCAGAGCUCUGUCUACAGUGUUUUGGAGGCUUUCCAGAGGGCGCGGCGCCGGAUGCAGGAAGCACGAGAGAGCCUUCCUCAGGACCUCAUCAGCACCUCUGCCUCCACUGUGCACCAAUCCCAGGAGCCAUGAUCAACCACCUCCACUGCCUGGGAGCACUUGGCAUCUUCUCUCUGACCUAGGCUCAGCAGCAGUCACAGUGCUGGUUUCUGGAAGCUUAUGAAGCCCUUGCUCAUUGUUUUCCCUGGAAGGGGGAAGGAGUCUGCAGCUCAUACAGACCUUUGCACUUCCACGGGUGCCUGUGGAAGGAGCCCAAUUUUUUCAAGGCAUUCUGUUACCUGGCCCUAACAAUACAGCAAUUGCUCAGAUUUCUGCUGAGCAGACUCAGAUCCUGACAUGGAGCCUGUGAACCCUUUAACACCUUUUCAGAGGCUGAAUAGUAAAUGAUUAGAAAGAUUUCAGGUCUACAUGACUUAGUAAAUUUAGUUUUCUUCUUAAAGAAGAGGGUGAUGUUGAAGGCCAAGGCAUGAAUGCUGUUUGAAAUGUAAUGGAAUGAGUAGGUAACUUCUCAAGAAGUGCUGUUGAUCAUCAUCAAUAUUUAUAGCUAUAGGUCAAUCAAUAUUAAAAUGAGUCUGCCCACCUAUGCCUUAAAAUUGAUCAUUCCUGGAGAGAGCUGCCUGCCACUUGUACCUGUGAAAGCAAAGCAAAGGAAUGGCAUUAGACUGAGAAGUGGAGAAAAGGGUCACAUUCUGUUAGUUCUUUGUAUGUGCCCAUCACAUUCUGGCUCUGCAGUGAUGAGCAGGAGGAUUAUUUAUUGAAGAACAGAACUGAAAACACACAUUCCCUUUAAUCACAGCAGAGCCCCCAGGGCUGGGGCUGGGUGGUUUGCAGGCAACCAGAGCAGAUGAUAACAUUUGCACAGCAGCUGAACUUUGAACUGUUCAAGCUGUUCAUUUGAGCUGUGGUUAAUUGUUCCUGCUCUGACUGCAGUGCACUGCACUGCUUCCUGGGGAGGCCUCUGCCCAUUUUUUACUCAGUUUUUCUUGUUCUUGUCUCAUAUUAUUUUGUUUGGCCUGGUUUUAUUCCUGCCUCAGGUUCAGAGGAGCAAGGCUGCCUGCAGACUCGUAGUGCUGUGUUGAUUUGUUUCCAUUUCCUCUGCUCCAAACACAGGCUCUAUAGGAAGAAAAAUCUCAGAUUGAGGUGGUGCAAAGUCAGUAAAGUCAAAAUUCACAGGCAGAGUGAAACAGGAAUUUAUCUUCCUUUUGCUCUGCACAUUCCCCCUUUGCAGGGAACAUGAGACUCAUCCUCUUCCCUGCUGCUUCACUCCUUUCUUGGCAUUUUUAUCUUGUUCCAGCCUUCACUGACAAACCCAAACUCUUGGGUUUGUUCCUCUGUGACCUCUGUUGUCAUUCCUAGGUGUGUCUGGCAGUUUGAAUGUAUUUGGCAGUUCAAUUAUAGGAGGAUUUUUGUUCACCUUCCUCUCCCUUUUGAUGGAAGAGGCUGCCAGCACACAUUAGAUAGCACAGCCCAUUCUGCAGAGCAGUGUCCUUGGCCUGGAGCUCGAUGGUGUGACUUGUGCAUGAGUCAGGGCUUCAUUUGGGCUUUUGAUGUGAUGGCUGUGAAGUCACAUCCCCAGUUCUGGAGGAGCAGAAUUGAGGAGAGGGUUGCUGUUGUGCUCUGUAAUGAUCCAUUCACGUUUCACGGAGACUGACCCCCUCAGUGCCCAGGAUGAGAAGCAUUCAGUGAGUGCCUAGCACUUGCUGCCUCAUUUUUGGUUGCCAUAAUUCGGAUCAUGGCCCUGCAUGUUUAUUGUGAGCUAUCUGAGCAAUGCUUCAUUUCCUUCUGGCUCUUUCUGUUGGUGCUUAUCGCUGAUAGCUGAAUUGCACAUCUCUGAAACCCUUUUCAGGGUUGAGUUACAAGGUUAAGAGAAUAUUCUCUUUAUCAAUAAAGUAACAAAACACCUUUUGAAUUGAGGUGAUGCCAGAAGCAGAUCCCGUUUAGAGAGUGAACUCUGGAUGAGAAGAUCAGGUUCCUGACUCAGGCUCGUGGCUCAGCAUAUUUAGAUGGCAGACUUCUUGUAUUGAGUGUUAAGGUUACACAGAGGUGCAGUAAGGUUUGCACAAGGUUUUGCUAGGUGAAAACUGAAGAGUAGAGUGAAAUCUUACAGCAGUUUGAGAGCAUUAAAAUGAAAAACCAUGAAAAUCAGUAUAAGGCAAGAAUCAGUUCUCCCAGACUAGGGCACUGUUAGCAGCUUUUCAUCUCUGUACUUGCAGCCUCCUUGGCCUGGCAGAGCAAAAUGGUGCUCGUAGAAGAUGUCUCAGAGAAAGCCUUUAGCAAAUGUUCUUUGAAUAUGCCCUUUUGGAAAUGAAACCAACAAAUUUCCAUACCCAUCUACAUGUGUGGAAAUGCCACUGAUCUUUUAAUCAAAGCUGCUGUGGUGCAGGCCUUUGCUUGCCCGAGAGCCUGGCCAGCUGGAAUGGGGUCAUGCAUCACCCAGGUAUGCACUGGCAGAGCUGGCCCAUGGAGACAGACAGUGAUGUCCCUGGAGCUAUGAGGAAAGUCCCUACACUCUGCACAGGAGAGGUGACUGUAGCCCAACAGGACAAGGGGAAGGAAGGGAUGGUCAUGGGUACACAAGACCAUGGGAUGGGAGGCCCUGGCUGGGAACUGAAGAUGGAGGGAAACUGGAGAUGCCUGCAGCAGGCACAGGCUAGGCAGUGCUGUGGACUCUGCUGGGACCAGUGGGUCUAGCAGACUUGAAGGUCUACAUGUGGCCAGCAGCCUCCCAGUUCUUGCUCUUGGCUGCAGCCAGUAGCUGGUUUCUCCUGAGCUUUGCUUCUUCCUUCAGGGCAGACUGGAACUGUGAUUUUUUUUUUGAGUGCCAGCUGAACUUCCAACUGAAUGAGCAUCUGUCUGAGGCUGAAUCCUGCAGCCUUCCCAGUGAUGUGGUCUGCGUGGGGGCAGGAGCCAGCUGAGAGUCCCCAGGGGCCUUCCAGGCAUCUCAUUAAAUAAACUAUGCAAACAAA